CAAAACCCUCCCUCUCCAGAAAGACAACUAAAAGGAUGGAGAAGAAAGAAGAGUAUGAGGAGAAAAAGAAGCAGCAUGAACCUCCUCUAAUGGCGUUAAAUCAUGUCUCAAGGCUUUGUAGGAAUGUAAAAGAGUCUAUUGAUUUCUACACCAAUGUUCUUGGCAUGGUUUUGACUGAAAGGCCUCAAGCUUUUGACUUUGAUGGUGCUUGGUUGUUCAAUUAUGGUGUUGGAAUUCAUCUUGUGCAAGCUAAAGAUGGAGAUCAAUUUCCUGAUCCUCACCACAAUUUGGAUCCCAUGGACAACCAUAUUUCUUUUCAGUGCGAAGACAUUGAAGCAAUGGAGAAAAGAUUGAAGGAGUUCAAUGUCAAGUACAUGAAAAGGACAGUAGAUGAACAUGGGACAAAAAUAGACCAAUUAUUUUUCAAUGACCCAGAUGGUUUCAUGAUUGAGAUAUGUAAUUGUGAGAAUCUUAAGCUUGUUCCUGCUGCUUCUCUUGGCAAAAUAAAGCUUCCUAUGGAUAGACAUACUCCUCCUGUUGAAGUGCAAUCAAAUGGGGAUGAACCAGAACCAGAUGUUCAAGAAUCGGAAGCAAAACCGGAAGCAAAACCAGAACCAGACGCUCAAGAAUCAGAACUAGAACUGAAACCAAAAUCUUAAAUUUGGCUUUCCAUUUUACAAUUAUUAGGAUUAUUAGGCUGCAAUUUUAUGUUUGUUGUUGUAAUAGUAAUUAGUAAGUAAGGGUGUGUAUAGUAGCAAAUAGAAUUGUCAAUUGUGUGAUUAUAGGCAUUCUGAAUCCUCAUUAUCUUUUUGUAAAAGCUAUAGGUGCCCUUUGUUAUUUUUAAAACAGGUUCUCUUUUUUUUUU